AUGGCCGCCGCUGCCAGUGUUGACAGGUCUUCACGAGAUAUAACUCAUGGCAUGCUGUUCCUUGUCUACUGCAAGGACGAGAGGAAAGCCCUGCAACUGUUCCUCAUGAAGGACUGCAGAUGGAUAGGCAUGACCAUCUGCAUCUACGAACCGGAAUUUGAGUUUGUGGUUGCUGGAUUGGCAGCUCUUAGUACAGAGCAACCAUUGCUACCACUGCAGAACCAGUGUUUGGGCACCGUGCUAACCCCAUACCUGAGUGAGUGGGCGGUGAGUGGGAGCACGAAGGCACUGUAUGUGCGCAAUGCCGACUUGCAUUUCCUGAGAGUGAACGUUGUAGAGGGAUGUGGGGCAGCAAUGUGCGACGGGCAGCAUGGCGUUUCGGAACGCUGUUGCGCGUUGACAAGCGGAACACCCAACAAGCUGCUCCUGCGAUGUGAUGUGUCGUCGCGCGCUGCUGGCAUCACCAAUGCGAAAUUCCAAUCAGGAGCCUUGACAAAUCUACUCAUGGAGGAGGAAUGUAGCAAGGUAAAUGCAGGAGACCUAAUUGACCAUGUGAAAGUGAGAGAAGCAUGCCAGGAGAUGCUAAACUUUUACCAUGAAGCGGGUGUUGGAUGGACAAUCUGUGGCUGGUUCAAGCCCGGAAUGGUGCCAGGUGCAGAGGUGGCAAAAGAGGCCGAAAUGCAUGUGACCUGCAUUCGACCGGAUCAUCAGCUAGAUGAUGCACCUCGAUAUCGCUUCCCCGCACCAGCAGUCCCUGCACAGCAGCUGUUGGAGCUAAAUUUUCCAGUCAGGGUGGAAGUUGGAAGAGGUGUGAGAGGUGGCAGGGGAGUUGAUGUGGGUGUGGUGAUAGGUAGAGGUGGAGCUAAUGCAGCCGUGGUGAGAGGUGGAGGAGGUGGCGCUGAUGCAGCCGUGGUGAGAGGUGGAGGUGGGGCUAAUGCGGCCGUGGUGAGAGGUGGAGGUGGAGCUGAUGCAGAAGUCGUGAUAGGUGGAGGUGCAGCUGAUGCAGCCCUGGUGAGACGUUGAGGUGCAGGUGAUGUGGCCGUGGUGAGAGCUGGCAGUGGAGGUGAGGUGGGCAUAGUGAGAGCUGAUGUCACUGCCGAAGAUAUGUGAUUGAGCAAAAGCUGUGGCAUUGACUUUUGGAAAAGAUGUAAAAAGUUGUCUAACAGUAAAGAUAGUGUAGUUUGUAUAGUUAGUGGAGUUAACACUAUAGUUAGUCUUAUAAGUAAAGUUCUUGAAAUGUCGGUGAAAAUCGGCCUUGUAUGUAUUACAUCAGACCAAUGUGUUGAAAUAGAAAUAGAAAUACGAAUGUGAGUAUUACCAGAGCUUAUAAUGAUAAGAGGUGACACUCCCUAUCUAAGGCUAUGUAAUUGGAUUGGAAGUGCUGCCACCUAGUGACCAGAUUGAUUAAAAUUACUAUAAACCAUUGCAAGAUAAUACUUAUCAUUACAUUUUGAUGCAUUUUUAUUGAAUAUGGUCAUAUAAUUAAAACAUCGGAGCAGAGUGACUAUGUUCGUCAAUCCCACAUAAUAAACACGUGCUUAAAUAAAAUUCCUCAACAAAGAGAUAAGAUUAUUUUGUUGUUCGACAUGUAAUGACUGAUCCUUGGCAAUAGCAAUUAUAUGAAUGUAAUAUCUAAAUGUAUCUAUCUUUCAAAUGUUGUCAUUCCAUAUCCUUUCUAUUUCUUUUCCAUGUUUUUGAUGCACUCGUGGUGUUAAUAUUAAACAUUUUCAAAGCAUGAUGCAAUCGUAUUUUCAUAUAAAAUAUCAUAAUUCUGUAGACUUGAAGGUUGGUGUUCACUACCUAUUUUUUACACCUGUCAAAUAAAUAUAAAAUGCAUUUUAUUAGUUUACAAACAUUGUGGCUUGUUUAAUGCUGUUAAUUUAUUGGGUGAGUAAAGUACAUGUAAAUUUGGUACAGCACAGUAGCCAUAACAUAGUCACUAUGUGUAAGUAAAUAUUGAGCUUCCAAUGGUAAAGCCAUAAGGUACAUCUGAGUUUAACAUUACACAUCUCAAUCUACUGACUACUGUCACAUAAGUACAUCUCAUUCUACAGUAACAUACGUACAUCCCAUUCUACAGUCACAUAGGUAACAUACAUGUCAUCUCAAUCUACACUCAGCUACGCACAAUUCACAUACGUACAUCUUAAUCUACAGUCACAU